AUGUCGACUGUUUCUCUCUCCUCGGCCACGCUGCUCAGGGCUUUCCGCCCGGCUUCAAACGCAGGCUGUCGUGGCCGUGUCCGGAAUCACGUCCCUCGGCUCAGACGCACAUACUAUUCCAUUUACCAUCCGGAGCCUGCCCCGUAUGCCGAGACACAAGACCGAAUACUUUCUGCGGCAAUCAAGCGCGUGCCGGAACAUGGAUUUUCAGAAGAGGCAUUGGUGCGGGGAGCAAAAGACGCAGGAUAUCUUGAGGUGUCGGUGCAACUGUUUCCUCGUGGCGUUUUCGACCUCGUCAACUAUCACAUGGUCACGCAGCGGCUUGCUUUGAAAGACAAAGUGCAUUUCUCGGAGGGUACAACGCUAGGCUUGGGUGCCAAAGUCAAGGCGUUGGCUUUGGCGCGGCUGAGAGCCAAUGCGGAUAUCAUACAUCAAUGGCAAGGGGCGUUAGGAUACAUGUCACUGCUUGAAAACAUCCCUGCCUCCUUGGGAGAACUUAAUGCCCUAUCCGACGAGAUUUGGUACCUUGCCGGCGAUACUGCGGUCGAUUUCUCCUGGUACACCAAACGAGGCUCACUAGCUGCCGUCUACGCCAGUACCGAAACAUUCAUGACGACUGACAACUCAAAGGAUUUCACGGCCACAGCAGAAUUUCUCGACCGCAGGCUGAAGGAUGCGCAAGGUGUCGGUGGCACCGUAGGAGGUUUAACACAGUACAUGGGCUUUUGGGCCGGCAAUAGCGUCAACCUCGCCCGGUCCUUUGGGAUGAAGAUAUAA